CUUAAUUUUGUUUGAAAAACGAAAAACAAAAAACAAGAUUCUUUCUCUCUGCUGCCACUCCACCGCGCCAUUGCCACUACUCCGCCACUAUCUCCGCCGCUGCUCUUUCUCAGGGGGGGAGCGCUUGUGAGAGGAUUUGAACCGACGACCUAGCAGUUUGCUGGUCCGCGCUUAUACCAUUAUAAACCCUAGUUAAAGCCAAACCUUUAACAAUAUCCUUUGCUCUGUCUCAACUCUCUGACUCUCAGUGGUGUUCGUCUGUUCAGCUCUGUGUCAUUCCAGCAUGUCGGUUUCUCGUCGAGGUGAUGGUGCUGGAUUUAUGUUCUGUGAUUUAUGUGGAACUACACUGUCUUUUUCUUCAAUUGAUUACGCUCAAUGUCCUCACUGUAAAUUCAAGAAAAGCGCCACUGAGUUAUGUGGAAAAGAAAUAUGCUAUAAAGUUACCGCUGAGGAUAUGAGAAGGGAUUUGGGCAUUUCAAGUUUUGAGGGAAAGAUAGAAGUGAAGGACAUGGAGAUAAAUAAGAAAUGUGAAAAAUGCAGCAACACAAAGCUUAAAUUUUCUACCAGACAAAUGAGAUCAGCAGAUGAAGGACAAACUACGUUCUAUCACUGUCCGAAAUGCUUACAUACGUUUAGUGAAAACUGAGUUCCUGUAUCUUCAGAGCUUAUGCAAUCUGCAUAUGAUACAGGUUACUAUGUGAUUGUUUAAGGAUUUUGUUCUGCCAAAUUUUUAUUAAAUGUGUACAAACCAUUAAGUUGCUGAAUGAAAGUUUCACAUGCUUCUUGAUUUUA